CCGGGAAGGAGGGGGCGGGGCCCCAAGGUCACGCCCACUGUUGGAAAUGCAGCCACUCUGACCUAGCCUGGGCUCAGCCAGGCUCAGCUGGCUUCUGCUCCAGCUCCAACAAGCGGCCCGGCCAGCUGCACCCAAGGGUGCCGGGUAGAAUCUCCCUGGGAACCUCAGUCCCUCACGGGACCCUAACACCCCUCCCCCAACUCUUCUCCAACCCCCUUCGCCAUGGGCAAUGCCAACUGUGUCCCCCAGGCUCCUCGUUUCCGAGCCUCCUUCUCCAGGAAAUCCUCGCUGAAAGGAAAAAAGGAGGACAGCAUAAGGCGUCGAGGGGGACUGUUUGGAAGCGAGAGCAGCCAAGAUGGGGAUACGAAGGCCACCGACAAGAUUCUUUAUUACAUCCCGGGGACGGAUAUUCCGGGCCCAGAAAGUCACAAGGAAAAUGUAGACCAACCCUUCCUCAGUGUGUUCAAGAAGGGCCGGCAGAAAAUGCCCGUGAGGAACCUCGGGAAGAUUGUCCAUUAUGCCAAGGUCAAGUUCAAGUUCCAGCACUGCCCGGACAUCAGUGAUUGUUACCUGGAGCUGUUUCCCUCCUGUCUGUACUUCCAGGCUCAUGGCUCCAGUGGCCUCACCUACCAGGGGCUGCUGCCACUCACUUUGGUGAGCAUCUCUAGACUAGAGAUAGAAGGAGAACACGCCUUCCAGAUCACAGGCCCCCUGCCGUCUCCUCUUCUGGUAUUCUGUCCCAGCAAGUCUGAGCUCCGGCGCUGGCUUUAUCACCUGGAGAAGCAGAUGGACCUCGUAAGGGGACCCCAGUGCCCAUCUCUCCAGUUCCAGGGUCCUCUAGGGGAGAACCAUCUCUGCCCUCUCCCAUGGGCCCUCCAGCACUACCCAGUUCAUCACUGGGAAGGAACCAGUCGAGAAUCUCUGGGAGAUGUGGUCUGCGCCUCCCGAGUGAAGAUGCAGCAUCUGCCCUCCCAGGAGCAGCAUGACCGGAUUCUCAUCCUCUACCCAUCUACACUGGUCAUCCUGUCAGAGGAUUCUGAUGGACUGAACUUCAAGGGGGAGCUUCCACUCAACGCCAUCCAGCUCAACUUUGAGGAGAGUGAGAAACAGAUCCGGUCUUUCCUGAUAGAGGGCCACCUCAUCAAUACCAUCCGAGUGCUUUGUGCCAGCUAUGAGGACUACCAAGAUUGGCUGCUUUGUUUUCGGGCUAUCCACCUCAGAAGAGGGGGCUCCUCUACCCGCUCAGGCUCUGAGAGCUUCCAGGGGCCACGGCCACCCCUUCCCACACAGUUCUCAGUCAGCGGGCGAGCAUCCCUUACCUCUGAUGGACGGACCAACUCCUGGGCAUCCACAGGGGCCCCGUCCACUUCCUCCCACACCAGCAGCUCCCUCCCUGACCGCCCCGUGCUGCCUGACAGCUGCCCUGUGGGAGCUGACAGCACCCCCCAGAGGGACCAUGGCCAGGCCAACCCCAACAUCUCCAGCCUGGGAAGGCAUCGGGCAGAACUGAGACGCAGAAGCAGCAGCCGCUCCUCCAAGGGAAAAGGCACAGGGCAGCUGAAAGGAGAGGAGCCAGCACUCAGGGCUCCCCUGCAUCUGGACCUGGGCCUCACCAACCUAAACCGGAGGAGUCUAGAGGUCCUCGAGGGAGCAGCAGCUGACACCCCAGAGAAACCCCAGUCCCCACUGUAUGCUGACCCCUAUACCCCGACCUCUACCACCCACAACAAGAUCACAGACGUCAGUGACCUGGAUGAGUUCCUGGUGGCAGCUAAGAGUUGUGUAGGCCAGGAGCCACCGAGCACCUUCCCCACCAUCCCCGUCUCCGUCCCUGUCCCUGUCCCAUCCCCCAGCUUACACCCCCUUCAGAAAAAGCCAGCCCCUCAGCACCGGGAAUCUCAGAGACAUCGAGGCUCCUUCAAAGUCCGGGGAGCUGGUCCUCUAGAGCCUUCCCGAACCCGUCAGGUCCAGGUCACCCCAUCAAAGGAAGGUUCCCCUGAACCUCAGCUUCGACUUCCAGGUGGCAGCUCCCCCAGCAGGAAGGGUCAUGAGCAGGGACGGUCCUCCUCAGAGCCCUCCAGUGGCCAGAGAGACUUCAGUUAUGAUAACAUCUGGGACCAGCCAGGGCCACCUUCAUCUUCUAGACACAAGUGGCAUCGCCCUCCUGCAUCAGAGGCUGCAGGAAGGUUGACUCAGUGGAUUUGACCUGGCCUGGAGUCUUUUGCUGGUCAAAGUGGGUACCAGAAGGAAACCAGACAUCCUGGCCUCCAGCCCCACCUUGGUGCUAAAUGGAAGCCUCUCCGAAUUUUGGGGGCCUGGACCAUCUCAGUCUGCUUCUCCACACCCCCAAACAGCUGGGGAGAUUGAGUCAGGGUUUUAUCCAUCUUUGGGAGGGCUCAGCAGGUGGGACUUCAAUGUCCCAAGACCCAGCCUCUCCCCACUACUGCUUCCCAUGAGCCCUAGGGAAGGAGGGAAAGGAGAGAGCCAACUUCUUGCCCACUGCUGCCUUUGCCCAAAUCAGAUUCUACAUGAUUUUGAGAUGGGGCUCGGGACGAUGUGUGAAGGCUGAGCUCCUUCCAUCACUCAGAGCAGAACCCACCUAGGCUCUUUCCAAAACAGGCUGUGAGAGCCUGGGGCAUAAAGACAUAUCCGGGGAAUUGUGACUACAAGUCUGGGUCCCUCAGUGAGGGGUCCCUGAGUGGAGAUGGUGAGGGACACAUUCCAUAAAUGGCUGCUACUAUUCAUGUCCCUAAUCAUUCGAUGACACCCCCUUCCCCCAACCCCCCUUCCUUUCCAAAUCUGACCUAGCCCCCGGGGGAGGGGAUCCCCAGUGUACCUAGGUCUGUGGACAACUAAGCUCUUUGUGGUGUUACAAGUGUCCUUCCCACCUCCCCUUCUCUGCACCCCCAAAAUCAGUGUUCUCUGCUGCCCCCUGGUGGCUAUGUUGGGGAUUUGAGCUGUCCCCAUUCACUGGGAGAGGAAACUUCGAAGUGAUGACAUGAGGUGUAAGUAGGGCAGGGGAGGGAAGGAAAGAGAGACAGACAGAGAGAGAGAGAGAGAGAGAGAGAGAGAGA